GAAGGCGAGUUGUGGCUUUGCGGUGUGGUUUACGCCGAGAUCAGAGCUACGAGUGCCUGGGGGUGGGAGCAGAAGGAGAAAGGGCGUCUGAUGCCAGCUGCCAACAUGACAGAAACCCUGCAGCUCCCGGCGCUGCGGGUCCCCGAGCAGCAGGUGCUGGAGGGCGGCUGCGCCUGGUCCAGCUCGUCCACCCCGACCCUGCGCAGGAAGCGCUUCAAGAUGAGGCGGAUGAAGAACGUGCAGGAGCAGAGCCUGGAGGCCGGCAGGUACCAGGAGUCUCCUUCCUCCAGCAAGGAAUACCUGCAGCUCCCAUCCAUUGAGAUCACCCCCUCCAGUGACGAGGACACCCCCUGGUCCAACUGCUCCACUCCCAGUGCCUCCCCGCGCCGCAAGCGCUUCCUCCUUCGGAAGUGGCUGCGCGUCCGAGAGAAGAAGGAGUGCAGUGAGAGCAGCAGCCAGCAGAGCAGCCAGCAGAGCAGCCACGACGAUGACUCUGCCCGCUUCCUGAGCCCCUCCAUGCGCGAGGACAGUACCGCCAGUAACUCCAACCGCAGCACGCCCGCCUGCUCCCCGAUCCUGCGCAAACGCUCGCGCUCGCCCACGCCGCAGGACGCCCCGGGGGACGCCAUGGUGGAGAAGGGCUCCGACCACUCCUCGGACAAGUCCCCGUCCACGCCGGAGCAGGGUGUCCAGCGGAGCUGCUCCUCCCAGUCAGGCCGCAGCGGGGCCAAGAACUCCAAGAAAAGCCAGAGUUGGUAUAAUGUGUUGAGCCCCACGUACAAGCAGCGCAAUGAGGAUUUCAGGAAACUCUUCAAGCAGCUCCCGGACACCGAGCGCCUCAUCGUGGAUUACUCAUGUGCUCUCCAGAGGGACAUUCUCCUGCAGGGCCGCCUCUACCUCUCCGAGAACUGGAUCUGCUUCUACAGCAACAUCUUCCGCUGGGAGACCCUGCUGACAGUUCGCUUGAAGGACAUCUGCUCCAUGACCAAGGAGAAGACAGCACGGCUCAUUCCCAAUGCCAUCCAAGUUUGCACUGACACUGAAAAGCACUUUUUUACUUCCUUUGGGGCUCGGGACAGGACGUACAUGAUGAUGUUCAGACUCUGGCAGAAUGCUCUGCUUGACAAGCCCCUGUGCCCGAAGGAGCUCUGGCACUUUGUCCACCAGUGUUACGGCAACGAGCUGGGGCUGACCAGCGACGACGAAGACUACGUGCCUCCCGAUGAUGACUUCAACACCAUGGGCUACUGCGAAGAAAUCCCCGUGGAGGAGAAUGAAGUCAACGACAGCUCCUCCAAGAGCAGCAUGGAGGCCAAGCCAGAAGCCAGCCCUCAGCUGCCAAAGAAAUCUGUCACUGCCAGCACCCUGACCUCCACGGGAAGCAGUGAAGCCCCAGCCUCGUUCGAUGGAGUGCUCCCAGAAGAGGAGGAGGCAGUGGCAGAGAGUCCUGUGGAGAAGGACCUUGGCAUUGCCAACAUCAUGGGAGAGAAGAUCGACAUCAUUGGCCCUGUGAACUCCCCCUCCCUGGACUUCAAUGACAACGAGGACAUUCCCACAGAGCUCAGUGACUCCUCAGACACCCACGAUGAAGGGGAAGUCCAGGCCUUUUACGAGGACCUGAACGGGCGCCAGUACGUGAACGAGGUGUUCAACUUCAGCGUGGACAAGCUCUACGACCUGCUCUUCACUGACUCCCAGUUCCAGAGGGACUUCAUGGAGCAGCGCCGCUUCUCUGACAUUAUCUUUCACCCCUGGAAGAAGGAGGAAAAUGGCAAUCAGACCAGAGUGAUCCUGUACACCAUCACCCUCACCAACCCUCUGGCCCCCAAAACUGCCACAGUCACUGAGACUCAGACAAUGUACAAAGCCAGCCAGGAGAGCGAGUGCUAUGUCAUAGAUGCAGAGGUGCUAACUCACGACGUCCCCUACCACGAUUAUUUCUACACCAUUAACCGCUACACGUUGACUCGUGUUGCCAGAAACAAAAGCCGACUCAGGGUUUCCACAGAAUUACGCUACAGGAAACAGCCUUGGGGGCUGGUGAAAUCCUUCAUUGAGAAGAAUUUUUGGAGCGGCCUGGAAGAUUAUUUCCGUCACUUAGAGAGCGAGCUGACCAAAACAGAGAGCACGUACCUGGCUGAGGUGCACAGACAAUCCCCCAAAGAGAAGGUGAGCAAGCAAUCCACGGUGCGGCGGCGGAAACGCGCCCACGCCCACCUGAGGGUGCCACACCUGGAGGAGGUGCUCAGCCCCGUCACCACCCCCACGGAUGAGGAGGUUGCCCAUCGAAUCAAGCACGUGGCAGGUUCCACUCAGACACGGCACAUCCCUGAGGAGAGCCCCAGUGGCUUCCACCUGCAGAGUGUCUCCAAGCUGCUCCUUGUCAUCAGCUUUGUUCUGGUGCUGCUGGUCAUUCUCAACAUGAUGCUGUUCUACAAACUCUGGAUGUUGGAGUACACCACGCAGACGCUGACAGCGUGGCAGGGCCUGAGGCUGCAGGAGAGGUUACCCCAGUCUCAGACAGAGUGGGCCCAGUUGCUGGAGUCCCAGCAGAAGUACCACGACUCAGAGCUGCAGAAAUGGCGCGAGAUCAUCAAAUCCUCGGUGAUGCUCCUGGACCAGAUGAAGGAUUCUCUAAUAAAUCUCCAGAAUGGCAUCGGGUCCAGGGACUUCGGGUCAGAUCCAGAGGAGAAAAGGAAACGUUUCCAUUAACAGGCAGGAAUGCAGGAGGCCAGAGGACGGUGUGCAAUAUGUGUAAAUAGGAUAUAUAAAUAUAUAUAUAAAUAUAUAUAUAUAUACAGAUAUAAAUAUAUAUAUUAUAUACAGAUUUUAAGAGAAAAAAAAGAAAAAAAAAAAAGAAAAAAAGCCUGAAGAGGGGAAGGAGUGACCUCCAACACUGGCUGAACUGGAGGGUCUCUGGGCGUGUGGGUGUGUGUGUGGGAGGGCUGUGCUCUCCCAGCACUGAGGUGUGCUGAGGGCCGUGCCCAGCUCUGCUCCCUGGGCCCGUGCACUGCUCCUCUGUAAUAUUCCUGUCUGUCUGUCUGUCUGUUUCUGUUGUCUCAAAGGGAAGCAUCAGUGUGAGUGCCCCCCUGCCCGUCCCCAUCCCCUCCCUGCGCAUGGAGGUCCCUGCUUGGCUCUGUUACCUCCCAGAGGGGACACUGUCACCUCCCUCCCCCUGCUGCCUGCAGGGCACACAGGGCUGGCAGUCGCAGUCAAUCCCUUGCAGAGCUGCUUUGGAGAGGAGGGGGAGCUGCUGUGGCUCUGUGGAGGGCAGAUCCCCCUGGCAGGCCCCUCCUGGGGCAGGAAUUUGCUGUCAGGGCAGCCAGGCUGGCUCAGAGAGCAGAGCACAGAGGUGACCGAGCUGCAAUCCCUUCCACAACCCCCCCGUGUUCCUGCUGUCCUGAUGCAGUGAGAGCCAGGGGAGGGUCUGCCUGCCAGGUGUGUGGGAAGGGGAGAGCACACCUGUGACAGUGUCCCCUUUUCCUGUUCUCUGCUUUCCCUGUGCUUGGGCCCCUGCCACUGAGCCACCCCUGUGCUGCAGGUCUGCAUCGCUGCUGGAAUCACCACGGUGGGAGGACCCAAAUUUAAACACAAAACCAAAAUUAGGAUUGAUUUGCAAGCACUCCCACUACCCAGCUCAGCAAAUCUCUCUCCUGUUUGUUCACCCAGCCCUUGUCUUGUAAAAUCUGUGGGAAAACAGAGGGGGGGGGGAAACCAGCUUCCUUUCCUUGCCUGGGAUAAACUUACAUAAUUGUAUCUAUGCAGCAAGAGCCAUCACUGUGGAUAUUUAUGUGACUGCAUCUGUGGAGCAACAAGGCUUCCAAAAAUCCAGGAGAGGUCAGGAAGGUGACAGGGACCAUGGGAGGAAAGGAAAAAGGGCCCAUCAGAGGGUGGCAGGACAGAGCUGGCUGUGAGGGUGUCUCCAUCAGCUGGGUAGUGCAGCCCUGGGAGGCAGCCAGGUGCCAGAGCUGCACUAGAAGAAAGCCAGUGUGCAUUUUCAGUUCUUCUGGGGGAUAAUUCCAGACUCCAUUAGCAGCCAGAUGGGGAAGAGGGGCAGCUUGGCUGUGCUGUGCAAUGCACAGACUCCAUGGGGAUUGGAGUGGGGAUGCAGGCUGCUUCUUGGAGUGUUUAAUAAAUGGUUUUGCCUCUCCCCCAGCCAGGUGGGUGAUGAGAAUGUGAGUCCCACUUUGUCCAACACUGGGAUUUUUCCACCUUCUGGCUGGCAGGAGGGAGGCAGCUGCACAUCCCCAGUUUGGAAAUGGUGCAGUUGUAGCUCCUCCAGGAUGAAUAAUUGGUCUCACACCAUUCUGUAGCACAGAAUAUCCUCAGUGCAGCCUGAGGAAAACCCUCUAAGCUCCCACUUUCCAGUGGAUGCAGGAGUGACCUGCUGAUUUCUCCCCAGGACCAAGUGCUAAACACAUGCCCCACACAAGACUCCCAUGUGCAGGAGCAUGGAUGGAGCCAGGCUAUCAAAAGGACAUUUCAGACUGUGAAAGCAAGCUCCAGCUGGGGAAAACCAGAGAGUAAUGGCUAUUUAUGACUAUUUAUUUAAUUUAAUGCUGCUGACUACUGUACUGCUCCCUGACUUUUUCCCAGGGAGGCUGCUGAAAUGGCUGCUGUACCAUGAAAUUGAGGUGCUAGGGCCUGGGAAGGGCUUUCUGGGGCUCAUUUUCCCCACUGUGACUUGCCAGACUGUCCCAGAGUCCCCCUUCCCCCUCUUAGCCACUCCCACAAUUACUAAGCACACAGAAUUCUCCUGCUGCUGGGAUUUCCCUCUUCUAGAAUUUAAUUUCAAGCACCAGGCAGGACCACGCAGAGGAAUGCCUGGGAUCCACCCUGCCAGGAAAGAGCACACUGUGCAAGAGGAACCUGGAAUGUGGGGACUCUUCCAUGCAGAGAAAGCAGAGAGGGUCACAGAUAAAUGCUGCUGAUCAGUGUUUGCUGCUCACAUUCUGUCAGGGAGGCAAGGAGCCCUUUUUCUCCCCCUGAAUCCUUUCUCCCGUGCAGAUUUCCUGCUGCAGGCUCAGGAUGUUCCCUCAGGCUGAGCCCCAGAGACAGAACUGCACAAGCUCUAUUAAAUCACUGUCAGGCCAGGCAGCUGUAGCAAUCUCACCACUGAUAUUUGUCCUACCUGCACAUUAAAGUGGGGUUUUUAAAUUGUUUGACACCCAUCCUGCCACUCAGCAAUGUGAAUUCCUUCAGUGAGAGCACAAGGGCAGCAGAACUUGGUGCUGCAGUGUCCUUCACACUGAGGGAGAUUUCUUUUUGAGGCCUUAGGGCUUCGGCUUUUUCUGGCUCUUUCUUUUUCCCACUUGGCAGCCAGUCUGCCUGGGAGUUGGAUGGGAUUCACAGUCUUGUUUUGCCUCUUAAUCUCUCACAGUAGUAAUAAAAAGGGGAAACGCAAGGUCUUAAGGCACUAAGGGUGAGGGUUUAAAGAAAACCUUGGAGUGUUUUCACUUCCUCUGCAGAGCUGGGAUAGGAAUCAGCUGCCCCUGAGCAGUCCCAGCUGACAGGCUAAUUCCUUCUGGAGCCAGAGACAAUUUUGGAUUACAUUUCCUGGAGGGAUCAGUAACACUUUCUAGGAGUGAGAGGCCUGAAUAAUGUUACAGAGGGUGGUGCUUCCCCCAGCACUCACAGCCAAGGCUGGCUUCCAGCAGCAGGGUUUUGCUUCUCCCCUUGCUCACUCAUCAGAAAUCCCCCUGGAUUCUUUCCAGGUGCAUUUCCCCUUCCAGUCUGACCCUUGCACCUGCACAUCUGCUGGGGUUUGAUUUGCACCAUCUGAACAACCACCAAAACAGGGAUUUUUUAAAAAUUAUAUUUAUUUUUUAAAAGGCAUUUCUCCAGCCAAGCAUGCAAAAGCAAUGCCAACAGCUUGUAGCCUCAUUCCUGCCAAGGAAGAUGCUUCCUGUUGGGAGGAGGGAGAAGGGGGAGCAGGAGGCUCUGAUCCACCAGUUUGUGACAUCCUCACUGAUCUUACCUUGGCACAACCUCAGCCCUGAUAAAUACACACCUUAGCUUAGCUUAUCUUAGAGUUCUGGCAGCUGGGAUUUGAGUGGAUUUGAGUCCUGGGUCAGUGCUGUGCAGCCAGGCAUUCCCAGAGUGGAUACCAGAGGUUCCUACAGCAGCAUCUGCCUGUGAAGCCUCUGAAGGACCAAAAAACCAGGUUAUUCCAACCAAAAACCAGAUUAUCCCAAGGCAGGGGCACUGCUGGGCCUGCACAUUCCAGAGAGUAAAUAUGGGAAAAUGAAAGGCAGAGAGGCACUUGCAGUGGGAAGGAGUUAGCUGUUAACAGGAUAAUGAGCUUUUUGGGUGCUCUGCACUCCAGGCACUCCUCAGUCACAAAACUGUGCUGUGAAGUCACACUAACUGAUACUGACUUGUGUCUGAGCCCUUCCUGCCUGCCUUUGGGACAGGAGAAGAGAGGCACAUGCCUUUGAUGUCCCCUGAGCUGCCUGUGUGACACACAGGCUGCAUUUACACCUCUGGCUGCUGUCCCUGUCUGCUGGGUGACACCUGACCCUGCUUGGAUGCUUCUCAUCUUAAAACAGAAACCUUGGACACAGGGAAUGUCUCUAGUGAAGUAUGACCCUGGGUUGGAAGAGGAAAGGUUUCAAAGCACAAGGCUUUGCUGGAUUUGGAGCCCUGAAGGCACAAAACUGCCUGUGAAAUAACAGGGCAUGUACUGGGAGAUCCCCUCUAGGAAUGCUAAUCCUGGAAUGCUAAUCCAUGUCCUUAUCAGACAGCUUCAGCAGCUCACCUGGGUGUAGAUAAGGACAGACACUUCAGCCUCCUUGGCUCCUCAGCACUGUCCUGGUCGUCACAUAAGAGUUUAUUCUUACCUUUGUGCAAAAAGGUAGAAAUUUCUUUUCCAGAGAGUGGCUGAAGACACUUUUGGUCUGGGCAUUUGAGACCUUUUGGAUUUGCUCUGGUGUGCUGCAGCAGCUGUUCUCCCCAGGAGCACCUGCCCUUCCCCACGAGCACAGAAACAAACUCCUGAUUUACAGCUGGAACUGUCUGGUUCCAUGUUACACUGAAAAUCAGUCUUAAAAUCACUGUUUAAAGCAGCAGUGCCUGGCUCAGGGGAGGCAGCUCUGUCCUGUCUGCCCAGGCAGCUGCUGCCACCCCCAGCUCUUGACAGAUCAGUGCUUUCUGCACUGCCUGCUCAGCUCCAAGGGGCUCUCCCCACGGAUCUCUGCCAGGCUGCCACUGACACAGCCCAUGGCACAGUUCCCUGGCCUCUGGCUUCAUCUUUCCAGCCUCAGCACCACUUAAAAUACUGACAGGGGCUUGCUUAAAACACAGCUCAGAACAGACACUCUGGAACCAAAGCCUCCGAGGGAAGUGGCUCACAGAGCACCUGUGCCAGGGUGGUUCCUGUGCUGAUUUUCCAGCCUGUUCCCCACUGGACAUGCUGUGAUCACUGUGGCUCACAGAGCACCUGUGCCAGGGUGGUUCCUGUGCUGAUUUUCCAGCCUGUUCCCCACUGGACAUGCUGUGAUCACUGUGGCUCACAGAGCACCUGUGCCAGUUUGGUUCCUGUGCUGAUUUUCCAGCCUGUUCCCCACCAGACACGCUCUGAUCUCUGUGUUUGCAGUCUCUCCAGCACGAGUCUCUCUGUGCCAUAAAACCUCUCUUUUUCCAGAUGUGCACACUGGCCAAAUACUCUCGUGUCUUGGGUGACUGUGAUCAAGGCCAUUCCCUGAUCUAGGCAGACAGCAUGGGCUUCUCUUAGCAUGGAUCAUGGCAUGCCAUGCCCUCCUCCUCUCCCACACGUUUUGCAGUGCUUGCUAUGGCUUUUCCCUGUCCCCUCGCACCUCUGCUGCUGGACAAUCAUUACCUGUGUCAUAGAUGGUCUGACCUGGUGCUGUCCCUGCCUGCCUUCCCCUCCUGCAGUCUGUAUGCUCUUCAAGUGAAUGUGUUUUGUUUUAUUUUAUUUUUUUUUUCAGUAGGGAAAAGGACUUCCUUCUGCUGAAGGAAUUAUAUUUGCACAUGGCUCGGGGAGGUUCCUCCUCUGGCCGUUUCUGUUACCUCACUCAUUUAGGCCAAUUCCAUUGCUAACGUUCAAGGCCACCUUCCCUGACCCAAACCCCGAGAGUAGGUAGGGAAUGAACCCCGAUGUGCAGCUCAGGUUCUGGAGCUGCCCAGUGGAAUCAGGAUUUGGGAGAGCCGCUGUUACAGCUCCAUCCAGCAGGGAGGUGGAGCCUGUGCCACGCACGUCAUCCCCAUCUCCACCUGCUGGGAAAUGGCCCUUGGAGAGCAGGAGUGGAAGCACCGACCUGGCUCUGGGCUGGAUGUGGAGGGAGGGAAGAGCAGCAGAGCAGUGGCAGCAUCACAACCUCCCACGAGCAGCCCAGGACAUCACCAUUCCAGUGGGAUUUCAUCUCCCACCCCGUGCUCCAGGGCUGGAGAAAGCUGCUAAAACCCUGGGGCGUGUUCUCGCCACGCGGGUCCUGCAGUUCCUGUGCACAAGGGAUGAUGAACGAGGGUCUGCUCUCCUCAGCACGGCACAGGAGCGGCUCCUACAACCACCACAGGCACCUGCUUCCCUGCUGGAAUCCCCUCCAGACCCAGGGGCUGAUGGCUGAGGUGACUCUUGGGUGGGUGGGGGGAAGGAUUGUGGGUUUGUUUUAGGAGUUGUCCCGACUGUCAGAAACUUUGCGCUGUGCGCAAAAAAAAAAAAAAAAACACCACAAAAAAGCAAAACAAAACAACAAGCAACCCGCGGUUCAAAGCGAUACUGGAACGUACGUGUGGAAUGUAGGAAUUGUACAGGCUCUGCAGCCAAACUCCGUGUAAGUAGUUAGUACCAUGGAAGUACGGUAUCAAUUAAAAAAUCUAUCCAACAACCA